AUGACGCACCGCUGCUUUAAAUGUGGAGAGGGAUUCUCCCGCGUCUACGACAUGCUCUUACACCAGACCAUUCAUAUAGAUGGAACGACCAUGUUCAAAACCAAGAAGGUUCACCGCUGCUCAACGUGUGGAUACGAAGCAUCCGAUGCACAUAAACUGAUGAUGCACGAGCGGAUACACACGGGAGAGAAGCCUUUCCAGUGCUCUGUGUGCGGGAAGAGAUUCGCUCAGAAAGGAAACCUGAAAAUACACCAGAGUGUGCACAAAGGGGAAGUCAGGAAUCCCAGUUUCUGGCCUGACAUCGUGGAGAGGCUUCCUACAAUAGGCGUCCCAGACCAAUACCAUGACAACCACACAGCUAAGCCAAUAGGAGUUCUGGACCAAUACCAUGACAACCACACAGCUAAGCCAAUAGGAAUCCCGGACCAAUACCAUGACAACCACACAGCUAAGCCAAUAGGAGUCCUGGACCAAUACCAUGACAACCGCACAGCUAAACCAAUAGGAGUCCCGGACCAAUACCAUGACAACCACACAGCUAAGCCAAUAGGAGUCCUGGACCAAUACCAUGACAACCGCACAGCUAAACCAAUAGGAGUUCUGGACCAAUACCAUGACAACCGCACAGCUAAACCAAUAGGAGUCCCUGACCAAUACCAUGACAACCACACAGCUAAGCCAAUAGGAGUCCUGGACCAAUACCAUGACAACCGCACAGCUAAACCAAUAGGAGUCCCUGACCAAUACCAUGACAACCACACAGCUAAGCCAAUAGGAGAGGAAUGCCAAACUCCAUCAACUCUACAGAUACACAUGAGAACUCACACUGUAGAGAACCAGUCUAAUCCGCAAGAAACCUUACCCUGUCCAGACUGUGGGAAGAGAUUCUCCAGCAAGAGUUACAUCAAGAUCCACCGGAAGAUCCACAGUGGGAAGAUCUCUUACCACUGUGCCCAGUGUGAUAAGACUUUCCUGUCAGCGGAGGGGCUCAAGAAGCACGAGAGCGCUCACCGAGGAGAGAGACCGUACCGAUGCCCUGCGUGUGGCAAGUGUUUCAAACAACAAUCCCAGCUGACCUGUCACUUCAAGAUCCACACCGGAGAGAGGAGCCAUCUCUGCUUCCUGUGUGGGAAGAGUUUCGCCAGAGAGUUCGACCUCCGGGUGCAUCUCAGAGUCCACUCUGGAGAGAAGCCCUACCAGUGCCACGAGUGUGGCAAGAGCUACAGGUACAGAGCAGGCAUCCGGUCACACAUGCAGCAGAUGCACCCUGGGAAGCCUAUAGUGGAACCAACCCCACCCAUCCCCACAGGCCCUCGCUACGGCAGUGGAGGAAGUGGUCUUCCUACAUCCCUCAUCAGAAAGGAUCCUGGUGACCAAUCCAGCCCCAAAGCUAUAGAGGCCCAGGGUCCUGAUCCAAGCCAUGGCAGCAAGGCGUCCAGUCAAACACCUCGGUUGAAGGCCAGAGCUGAAGAAGAAGAGGAGGAAGAGGAAGAAGAAGAGGUGAACGUUGAUGGUUCGGGUAAUUCUGAAGAAGACGACGCCAGUUGGAAACCUGCUCUUCGUCUUGCCAAGACCGGUGGCGGUGGUCCCUCUGCAUCAGGACCACAGAGAAAACACCGGAAGAAACAACCGGUCAAAAGGAGAACCAGCGUCAAAGAAGGCAAACGGAAGCAACCGAAAGCCAAGAGGUUUAACAACCGUCGCUGCUUUAAAUGUGGAGAGGGAUUCCCCCGGGAAUAUGAGCUGUUGCUACACCUGCAGACACAUCUAGAUUACAACUGCUACGUGUGUGGAACGCCGUUCGACAACCAACAGCUGCUGCAGAGACAUCAGGAGGAGCACGCCGAGGAGAGUCUGGGUGUGUUCUCUGGUGAGGCAGCAGGUCCAACUACAGGACAGCGGCGGGGGAGAGGGAAGAGGACUCACCGAUGUCCGACCUGUGGCAAAGAACUAUCCGACGCGUCCAAGCUGAAGUUACACGUGAGAAUCCACACCGGGAGAAACCGUACUGUUGCUCCCUGUGCGGAAAGGGUUUCACUCAGCCAGGGAACCUGA